CAUUACCAUCAGUAUCAGUAGCGUAACCAGUUUCUAGUGGUCACUACCGGUCUACACCGCAUAUUUCCGCUGCACAAUUUCGUCAUCGCCCAAUAGUCCGGGACUCAAUAAUACACUACACUGUGUACAGUACGGCUAUGGCAGCUGUUGAGAAGGAACGUUUGGAGCAAUCACCUGUAGCAAUUUCUCAACCAACAGCGGUUGUCUAUGUCGUCGAGGAACCUCCUCAAGACUUCCUGAUGCUCUCCAUUCUCAUGCUUGUUUGCUGCUUUUGGCCGUUAGGAAUCAUCGCCGUCUACAUGUCUCUGAUGGCUCGAGACAAGUUGUCACAGGGUGACAUUGUUUCUGCCAGGAAAGCAUCUAGGUGGGCUCGGGCCCUAAGCUUCGUUGGUAUUACUAUUGGAUUAGUCAUCUACAUUGUAGCUACGUUUGUCGCUGUCAUCAUUGCACUUAUUGCUGCAACGUUUUGCAAUUCUAUCGAAGAGAGAGAGGGAAAAUGUUGACACUUUUUAGUGUAAAUAAGUGUGACUUUGUGUAGUCUUUGAUAAGGUGUGGCUGGGUGAUAGCAUUUUGUUACUAUGGUGUUAGACAGUUAGGCAUCCAGUGUUAAAAUUUAGUUUGAUGUAAGUGUUUUGACGUAUACAAUAACACCAUCAGUAACCAA